AUGUCUCUCAAGCCGAUCACUCUAUGGGCGCACGACAGUGGCCCCAAUGCCUGGAAGGUGGCAAUUAUUCUUGAGGAGCUUGAUGUCCCUUAUACGGUCAAGUUCCUGGAAUUCCCGGACAUGAAGAAGGAGCCGUACGUGUCUAUUAACCCCAACGGCCGAGUGCCUGCAAUCCAGGACCCGAAUACAGGCACGACGCUGUGGGAGUCAGGCGCUAUAUUCGAAUACUUGAUCGAAAUCUACGACAAGAAAAAUAAGAUCAGCUUCGCCCCAGGAGUCAGAGAGUACUAUGAAGCAAAGCAGUGGCUGUACUACCAAGUGUCAGGCCAGGGCCCGUACUUUGGGCAGGCCAUAUGGUUCACCGUCUACCACCCUGAGAAGCUUCCCGGAGUUGUCGACCGCUACAUCAAUGAGAUCAUUCGCGUAUCCGGUGUCCUAAACCGCGUCCUAGAAGACAGGGAAUUCCUCGUCGGCGGCAAGUACAGCUAUGCCGAUGCGGCGUUCGUGACGUGGUACAUCGUUAUGCGCCUUUUCGCUGAUAGGGUCAACUUUGAAGCGGAUUUCCCCUUCCUUCACGCCUGGCUGGAGCGUAUGAAAGCCCGUCCAGCUAUUGCAAAGGUUCUAAAGGAUCGCGAAGCCGCUAUGGAGGCCAAGUAA